AUGUUUUAAUAUACACCUUAAGAAGAUGCUUACUACAGACAACUUUGGGCCCCUUUUGAUCCACAAGGUCUAGGCUUUGCUGAGGCCAAAAGCACUGUUUAAUUUUUCAAAAAAAGUAAACUUCCAGUUGACGCGCUUAAGGGAAUUUGGAUAGCAGGAGUAAAAAAUUAAGAAGGCAGACUUUAUUAUCCAGAAUUUGCUAUAGUCAUGAGAUUAAUUGCAUACUGUUAAAAUGGAUUUGAAUUCAAUGAACAAUUAUUGAACUAAAAUAUAUCUGUUCCUCUUCCAGUUAUGGAAGGAAUAUAGGUACCACAACAAUAAUAACUACCCUAAUAACCAAUCUCAUAACCGCAAUAGCAAUAGUUCAAUAAUUUCUAAUAACCACAAACUUCUUUGCCUCAAUCAAAUUACUUCUAAACACAACCAGUCUAAAAUACUGCUUAAAUCUCUCUCUAAUCCUAUGUUGAACCUAGACUAGAAUUUCAAAAAUAUGAUUUACCUGAUGAUUAAUAUAACAGAUAUGAACUCUGCUUUAAUUAAUAGGAUAAAACUAAUUCAGGAUUCGUUAAGGGUGAUCAAGCAUUGGCUUUUUUUUAAAAGUCUUAACUUCCCACUCCAUUAUUGAAUCAACUUUGGAGCUUGGUUGAUAAUGGACAAAAAGGAUACCUCUAUAAAAAUGAAUUUAUCGUUGCUGUUCACUUAAUAGCUCUGUGCCGAAAGGAUAUCCCAUUACCUUAAGUUUUACCAGAAUCAUUACUUCAACUAACAAGAAGAGAUCAACAGUAAAAUUAGGUUAGAUCAACUUCAUAAACUAUGCCACAACUUUCCUAAGGGUUACCUCCAUAACCAUAAAGAGCUGGAUCAUAGAAUGAGGUUUAAGGGCUGAAUCAUCAAGCAAAUUACUUACAGAAUAAGCUCUAAAAUUAAACGCAAUAGAUUUAAUUUGCAAACAAUUUGGAUUAAUAAAAAUAGAUUAUAGAAGAUAAGAAAAAGGAUAUUGAAUUUCUCAACCAAACAAUAUAAAAGCUUCAAAGCUUUUAUGAUUAUCUCAAAAAAGAACAAGAUGAAUUGCAGGCUUAAAUAUCAUCAUUAAGUGAUUAAUAAACAUAAAAACAACAUUCAAUUAAUGUUUUAUAGGAUAGUAUAUAGAAUCAAUUGUAAAUCAACUCAAACCUUUAGAAACAAUUGUACGAUAUGAAAUAAUCAGAUUAGCAGUAGGAGAAUCAGCCACCUGCUUUGACAACUUAGUUUUAGACCAUCAAUAUUGAGGACAAUUAUGAUUAUUCCAAUUAUAGAGCAAAGAAGGAUAAGGUAGUUUCUGGAGGUAACCAAAGCGCUGAAAACCUCCCUUGGCAUUGA